AUGAAAGCCUUGCUCCUCAAUCGUCUCCUCAGAAAUAAGGCCAAUCGUCUUCACAAACGCAAGAUCUUUCGAAACACACCACUCUCCUCGAGUUGUGCCAACGCUAGUAUUCGCAAUUUUGCCACUACCACUAUGACGAGUGAAAUGGGUCGUGGUGGCAGUCGCAGUGACAGUGGUCAUGAGCGCGCCCCUAGUACUAAGAACGAGCACAAACACCCUCAGCAGCACGAGCAAGCGAAUCUCGAGCGCCGACAAGCUCUCGCCAAGAAAUUCAAGCAAAUUCGUCGCUCCAUGACUCCACAGCCGAGCACCAAGCAACAAGGAGCCACCAGUUCCAUCGAGACCGCACCAAGCAAGAACGAGUACGACUAUGAGCACCACCACGAGCACCACGACCCGUUAAGCCACCCCAAUCUCGACCCAAGCAUGACGGAGGCACCACAGUGGGACUCUCCCGUGAUGGAUGAAAUACCAUCACCACCCACUCACUCCUUGACCAUGGAAAAGGAUUGGUCAUUUCCCGGCUAUUUCACUCAGGAUGAGUCAUACUAA